CCAACGGAAGGCAUGAACGUGUUGAGGAAAAGAAGCAACUGAGAGAGCAGGGAAAGCUCCACGCACACCGCAAUCCACACCACACCGUAGGUCACCGCCGCUGCUUCUUGUGGGUUACUGAUGAUUAGUCAUCGCAGAUUCUACAGCCUGGUAAAAAGAUCUUCGAAACUGCACGUAAGGUUGCCCUUUGGUCAAGUUCGUUCUGAGUAUAUACAUGCCAGCGAGCCAGACCAUUCAAGAAGGCAUGGCCAUGGCAUGCUCGAGUCGAAUCUGAAAUCUCCAUGGAAUCCGUCGCCGUCGUGGCGGUGCCGUUCCCGGCGCAGGGCCACCUCAACGGGAUGCUGCACUUGUCGCUGCAGCUCGCGUCGCGGGGGCUCCCCGUGCACUACGCGGCACCCGUUGCCCACGUCCGCCAGGCGCGCGCGCGCGUGCACGGCUGGGGCGAGGACGCCCUCCGCCGCGUCGAGUUCCACGAGUUCGACGUCCCCGCGCACGCCGCCCCGCCGCCGGACCCGGCCGCGCCCUCGCCGUUCCCGUCCCACCUCAUCCCCAUGGCCGAGGCCUUCGCCGCGGGCGCGCGCGCCCCGGUCGGCGGACUGCUCCGGAGGAUCUCCGCGGGCUCCCGCCGCGUGGUCGUCCUGUACGACCGCCUCAGCUCCUUCGCCGCGCCCGCGGCGGCGGAGAUCCCGAACGGCGAGGCGUACUGCCUGCAGUGCGUGGCCGCAUCCUUCGACGCGGCGUGGACGGACGCCGGGCGGCGGCUCCUGCGCGCGAUCGGGCUCGACGCCCCGCCUCCGGCCGCCUGCUUGCCGAGGGAGCUCGUCGAGUACAUCGUCAGGACGCAAGGAGACGGACAGAGUCCGGCCUUCGCCGGAGUGAUCAUGAACACGUGCCGAGCGAUCGAGGGAUCGGAGCUCAUCGACGUGGUGGCCAGUGAUCCGGAGUACCGCGGCAAGAACGUUUUCGUUGUCGGACCCAUGAACCCGCUGCUCGAUGCGACCGCACGGGUACCGGGAGGGCCGACGACGCGGCACCGGUGCCUGGAUUGGCUGGACGAGCAGCCGCCGGCGUCGGUGCUGUACGUGUCGUUCGGCACGACGUCGUCGCUCGCUGCGGAGCAAGUCGCGGAGCUCGCCGCGGCGCUGCGCGACAGCAAGCAGCGGUUCGUGUGGGUUCUGCGCGAUGCCGAUCGCGGCGUGGUGGUGCGUGAGGAAGCCGUGGAGAGCCGGCACGCCAGGUUCCUGUCCGAGUUCUCCGAACAAAUCCGAGGCACGGGGUUGGUGAUCACGACGUGGGCGCCGCAGCUGGAGAUCCUGGCUCACGGCGCCACGGCAGCGUUCAUGAGCCACUGCGGCUGGAACUCCGCCAUGGAGAGCCUGAGCCAUGGCAAGCCGAUGCUCGCCUGGCCCAUGCACUCCGACCAGCCGCUAGUGGCGGAGCUCGUGUGCAAACACCUCAAGUGUGGCUAGAACUACCUGUGGGCCCCACAUGAAGAGCCGGACCCUGGAAUUAAAACCUCGCGUUCACACUAUAAAAUUUUAUCGAAAUUAACUAAAAUUUGUUGGAGAUGACUCAGUGCGGGAGAAGACCAAUGCACUCGGCGAGUCCAUCCGUGCUUCAGUCGCCGAGGGCGGAUCAUCGCGGAAGGACCUCGACAACUUCAUUACUUACAUAACAAGAUGAAACGUGUCUUGUAUUUUUGAAGUUUGAUUUGAGGGUUUUUUUUUUUUGGAUGAAUCGAAGUCGUGAGGGAUAUUGAAAAUAUCUUUUGUCUUCUGUUAGUUGUAACUAUGUUUGGCAAGAAUUGAACUGUUAUGGUGGAUCCAUAAUUUGUAUGUUCUCGUGCCGAGUCACUAUAAACAUUUUCGAAAUUUAACAGA